UGUUCAAUAUUUCUCUUGCGUCCCUCUGCAAGCGAUUCUGCGCAGCGUCGAGGGUGGUUUUUGUCGGCUUUAUUAAAGAAUGCGCGAAGGGCGCCAGCUGGCGCUGGCAACGAAUCUAACGGACUGCAACGAUUCGCAACGGACUCCGUUGCGUCCGGUUGCGUAUGUUUCCGUGUAAUUGUAACGUUUCGGCCUAGAUUGACCUGUAUGCCUCGAAAAGACGUUCUGGGAACGAUAAAGGAUAGGAGGUAGAAUUCGCCAGAAUUGUUUUAAUUCAAUCGACUCGUCCACGUUAUGAAAAACCACGGAGCAACGUGAAGUAACGGACACAUAGUAAACGGUGAUACAGACAGAGAGUAAACCAUGCGACCGGACUCGAGAAGCGUUUCAUUUACAUUCCAUCGUGAAAUCCUACCGCCUGGAAGCUCGCCCGAGGUGGUUCGAUGCUCCAGAAAUUUACGACAGAGAUUGCAAGAUCGAUUCGAUAAAGAGAAAAUUGUGGAUAAGGAAAAGAGCAAUGGAAAAGAAAAGGUAUCAGAAGAGCGGGACUCUACAGAAAGGGGAUGGAACAAUUUGAGCCUCGGUAAUGUCUCGGCAGAUUCCAGACGAGCAUUCAGGAGUGGGGCGGAAAAAUUGUCUAAGACAAUUUCUUCCGUUCGUACUACAUUUGGGACGAUAUCUCAGAAAUUUAGAAGUUCCACUCGCCGACGUCACAGGCUCGAUGAGCAGCAAUCUCCGAAAAAUAGCUCUUGCACGACGCAAACUCCUCAGACACGUUCUCGGCGAUUAUUAGGCCGUACGCCAACAAAACUGUACAGUCCGUUUGGUAUAGAAUCUCCUAAGCGUGCUUGGGACAAAGAAAAUGACUCUCCGCCAUCGAGCGCUACCCCUAAAGGUAGACAGGAACGUGACCGAUUCAGGCCAUUUUGUCUUGUGAGAGCCAAAGGCUUUUCCGCCCUGAGAUAGAUGAAGUCAUCUCAGUUUUUUUUUUCUGAUACCUAAGCGUAUUAUGGCAAGGGUUAUGCAUUUUGCUUGCAACCGUACACUUGCUAAAAUUAAGCACCUAAAGACAAUACGUGUAUUUAUAUUCGAUACUUCAUAACCCACUCUGUCCUGCACAUGGCAACUUUUUACUAACAUUAUCGCAGCUUUUUGCAGCUAAGUUUACGCGUGUAGCAUAGAUUCUUUUUUAUUUUUGUAUGCACUGAAAUGUACGCUGUAAUACAUUUCAUAUUUGUAUUAUGUAUUGACAUAUCCAUAAGUGCUUAUAUCUCUUAAGGAAGAUACACACCAGAAAAAGCGUUUGCAUUGUCAAGUCUGAUUAAGUCUUAAUAGAACUUAAACGAAUGUA